ACUACAACUCCCGGCAUGCUCUGUGGUGGGAGGACUACAGCUCUCCGGUGUGGCGGGAGCCCCGGGGCCUCAGUGAGCGCGGAGCCCUCAGCCCUGGCCGAGCGGGCCCCGCCGAGCGCGGGCCGCAGCCCGCCCCGCCACCCGCCGCUGCGGGCCCUGCCCAGGAGGGUCUGGGCCGGCGGCCGGCGGAGCGGCGGGGCCGGAUUCAGGGCACCGUUCCCUUCUCCCAAGUCCUUCCAGCCUAAUGGAGCCAGUGAAGAAGCCCUGCGAUGUAAAAUCAAAGAGCUGAAAGAGAAAGACCUCGCUCUAGACCAGGAAAUUGCACAAUUAUUGUCAGAGGGCUACAGCCUGGAGGAACUGGACAAACACAUCUCUCUGCUCCACGAGUACAAUGAAAUCAAAGAUGCUGGGCAGAUGCUCCUGGGCAAGCUAGCUGUUAUUCGAGGGGUCACUACAAAACAGCUCUAUCCUGAGUAUGACCUGGAGCUCAGUGACUAGUCCUGAACCUGGAGAGUGCCGUGUCCUGCAGAAGUGACUGUCACUGGACCAUUACACAGUGGUGUCAUCCUGGUUUAGGAGAGA